AUGGACGAUUAUAUGCCGUCCCGGUACCAGCCGCUCGGGCGCAUCGGCGAGGGUGUGCACGGUAUCGUCGUAAAGGCCCGGGAUCUGCAGUGCGAUGACAAGAUAGUGGCCAUCAAGAAGCUAUCGCUGCGGACAAAGUUUGGCGUCGUUUCGCUCAACACGGUCCGGGAGAUUCGCGCCCUGCAGCACUGCCGCUGCGAUAACGUGCUGGAGCUGCUCGAUAUGUACCCGGAUCUAACCGGUAUCUCGCUGGUGUUCGAGUACAUGCCGCACACGCUGUACAGCAAGCUGAAGGACGACGAGAACCCAUUGUCGCGGGCCACGGUACGCCGCUACACCGGCAUGCUGCUGAAGGGGCUCGCUUACCUGCACGGGCUGCGGUUGAUGCACCGGGACAUUAAACCGGCCAACCUGCUGAUCGACCGGCACGAUGUGCUGAAGAUAGCGGACUUUGGGUUGGCGCGCAUCUACAGCGGAUCCGUGUCGGCGUCGUCGCCGGCGUCGCUGUCGGCGUCGUUGUCGUCGGCGUCGCUGUCGUCGCCACCGAAACCGUACUCGCCGCAGGUCGCAACACGCUGGUACCGGGCACCGGAGAUACUGUGGGGUUGCCAGCAGUACGGGCCCCCCGUCGAUCUGUGGGCCAGUGGGGCGGUGUUUGCGGAGAUGCUGCGCGGUGUACCACUGUUUGCCGGGGCGACCGACAUCGAGCAGCUGGCCCUCGUCGUCCGGACGCUCGGGACGCCCAACCUCAAGGAUUGGCCCGAAGUGCGAAGCCUUCCGGAUUAUAACAAAAUCCGCUUCCCGAACGCGCGCGGCGAACGCUGGGAGGACAUCUUUCCGAGCUGCACCACCCGCGACGAGCUCGGUCUCGUCGAUGCGCUGGUGCGGUAUAAUCCUGCUAAGCGCCUCACCGCGGAAGAGGCAUUACUUCAUCCUUACUUCAGCGAUGCGGUGGUGAGUGAAAAUUAA